ACCGUCAGACCCGGUAAAACUGUAGGACCUGAAUUCCAGUGAAAACAGACGACGAAAGACCUCCCCCAUCUUUCCACCACCACAAUUACAAGACAACCAGAUAACCAUGGGAGGAGGUUCCUUGGCAAAAGAAUAUCCCAAUGAAUACUUCCUGGCCGCCUUUGGGGCCGCCUGUUUGAAUUAUCCACUUUGGAGGGCGAGUGCUGUGGGUCAGAGUGGUUUCCGCGUGGCAGCGGUGAGCAUUGGUGGAGUUGGAAUUCCCGCCACGUUGACACCCUAUGUCUACGCGUUUGCGCCGCCCUACAAGGGAAUGGUGGGAGUAGUGUUGGGAAUGACAUGGGCUCGAGCAGCCAUUUUCUGGGGUAGUGAUCGAGGCAAGGAAUUUCUGCAAAGCCAUGGCGUCAAGAAUGAAUCGAUUUCCACACUGCUACCCCCGCUCUGUGUGAGCACCAUGGUCCAGUGCAUCAAUCAACCUAUUGUGAGAGCCUCGAUUACGCUGCAGAACCCCAGAUUCAACUGCCCCGAUACGGUAUCGGCCAUUAAAUUCAUCUACGAAAAGUACGGUCUGAGAGGAAUGUGGCAUGGGACUUCUGCAGGAAUCUUGAAGACGGUUCCCAAAUACUGCACAGCCGUCGUGAUCAAGGACUACAUGGAAGAAGUACUGCCUCCAGUGGACCCGUCGUCUCCCACGGUGGACACGGAUCGAUUGUGGCGUUCCGCGGCCAAGAGUGCCACUGCUGGAGUGGCAGGGGCGGCUUUGACCAAUCCACUAGAUGUCAUUCGCAAUGAAAUGUUCAAGAAGAAUACGCCACUACUGGAAACUGUGCGCAACUUGUACAAGGAACUUGGUCGCAAGUUUUUGGUGCGAGGCAUGGGCAAGAACAUGAUUGCCGUGGCGAUUCCUGUGGGAAGCACCAUUUUCUUCACCGAUACCCUCAUUCAAAUGUCCAAGAACCGACAAGCGCGCAAAGCACAACAACAAUCAGCUUGACAGCACGACAGCACUGUUGAGGCGUUAGAGAAGUGCCUUGCAAGCAAUAGCAGAGGUUUCAAUUUUGAUAUUCUGAACGUAAGGUCUAAUUAAGCAUUCGCUUCAAUUCACACAACGAGGGAUUGGACGAUCGGUAUAUUCACAGAGAGCUGGGCAUGAAAUUGGAAUGAUGGGGCGUUCGUAGACGCUUUUGUGCCAGCCAAGCACGUCAGGCCGAUAUUACAAGCAGCAUAAUUCAAUCAAAGCAAUGCACAAGACAGGAGAACUGAAGUAUUGUGUAUAAUUAACCGGCUGAAAUAAACCUUUUUCUUUGAGUGCUCCAACCAAC